AGUCCAACAAGGGAUGGAAAAGAUCGAGUGUACUGGCAGCUGCAGCAAUCACGCGGACAGUGUAAUAUUUUAUUUCCGCAAAAAUGCAAGCAAAAACGCCGUGGUUUGUAACUGCGUGGCUUUUCUUAGGGUUUGGUGGGCUGAGGGAUGUUCGGGACUUGACAGUUGCAAGGACAUAUAUACUGCUGGCAGAUGCUUCUCCUGGUAACCAUGGGGGUCUCAAUCCCCAAGGCUUUGUCAAAUCUAUCAGCGAUGCCAAUCGGAUGUAUGAGUUUCUGCUGAGCGGGGUGCAGAUCAACGCAGACAACAACAUAGCCAUGCUCGACAAGGAGCUGGCCUCCAUGCGCCAGGGUAGGGCCUUCCUGGCCUUCCUAAAUGACAACAUCCCCAAGACCCUCUCAGGACUGGAGAACAUGGCCAACAGUCUGGAGGUCCAGGACAAGCCCAUUAGUUCGUCCCACUUUGAGAAGCUUGUGUUGGGGAUCGUCUACUCAGCCCACCAGGCCCGACGCCAGCACCCAGAUGUGGAGCAGCGAGCCUGGACUGAAGUCCUGGGCCGCUUGGUUAAUGUGACGUUUGUUGACCUGCGCAGGACAAAUGCAAAGUUUUGAAUGUUACAGAGAUUAGGUAUCAAUGUCAGGGAAUGAGCAAUAGUUAACUAUGAGGUCAAAUAUUAAUGUAAUUCUGCCUUGUGCAGGAAAUGUAUUAUACAACAUCGUAACUACUUUUGAUCGGGAUGGGAGAGGAUAUUUUACAUCUUCACAUACAUCUUUUCAAUUUUACAACCUAUGGUUCCCUGCCCUUCCAACAUUACUGGUUCUUGUCAUCCUCAUUUAGCCCAACAACAAAUGAUGAACAGAACUGAUACCCUGAUGUUACUGAAUAUUAUAGAAACUUUAAUGUAAAAAAGUACUGAUAUAUCAAUUUGAACAUACAUACAUACAGAAAACAGCUUGAUACAUAAUGUUUUUGUACUGACAGCAGGGAAUGUUUGGCUGGUCACAACUGCCUUGAUCCUAGUCAGAAAAAUAAAGGUCUGUUUGAGAACA